GGGAAGCGCAUCUUUUGACAUAGGUUUUUACUUUUGUCGGCUUCCCUUUCACAAACCGCGAUUCUCUCUUCUUCUCCAUCUCUUUCACUUCUCUGCUCUUCUCACUAUUGCUCUUCACUUCACAGUCACACACUCGCACUGACCUCGCAAUUCUCUCCAAUCCAUCGGCGAUGACCUCGAUCGACAAUAAGAACCACCACUGCGCACCUCCUCACCGGCAAAGAAAAUCUGCAUCCCCUUGAGUUCGUCUCUUGUCCCAAGGAAAAUCUUUAUAACUAUAAUAGUGACACCAAGAAGCACAGCGCCGGUUCCUCUCCUUGUUUUGCAAGAUAUGCUCUGGAGUCAUUUUCCAGAAAAUAUGAUAGCUUCACUGAUUCAAAUUUUUUAGAGCAUAUGAAGCAGAAGAUUCUUGUUGGCUCUGAACCAACAUUUUCUAAACUUUUACACUUAGAGUGCCGUUUGAUUGGAGAGGGUUCUUAUCGCCUUCUAUCUUCAUCUAUCAGAUUAAGCAUUCAGCCAGAUCUGAUUGCUGACUUUUCCUCACAAAUGUGUGAGAUCAUAAUCCUUGUAAGUCUACCAUCUGGUGUUUUUGCUGAUCCUUUUGAGCUUCAACAUCUUAUUUACCGUGGAGGUACUUCUUAUAUGUGUUUUUAAAAUUCGUCCUUCCUCAUUCUUUCAAACGUUGACUCCAAGGUGUAGACACCUACUCUUGUCCCCAUUCCCGCAAGGGAAAGGUUCGAUGAUGAAAGCAUAAAAACUCCACUUGACAACGCAUCUCCUAUAAAAUAAACGAAUCUCGAUUCCCCAUUUCAUUUCACCCAAAACCUGCUAUUUAUGGAAACCUGCUAAAAAUAGUAACUGCCGUAAAAAGUAGCGUCUAAAAGUGGCAAAUCAUAAAAGAUAGAAACCUGUCAGAAUUAGGUGUUGCAUUCCAACAUAAAUCCUAAAUGAGAUAGAAAACCGCGAGAAUCCUAUUCCUAAUAGGAUUCGGAAAUAAGAGUUACGUAUUAAUUAAAAUCCUAACGAGCCUAGAGUUCGUAACGGGCUCAGACGCAUUCCGUCACAAAAUUGAUACGCGCUAAAAGACUCGAAUUAAUCUCAAACUCUACGGAUUUUAGGAAUCUGAAUCUGACUAAACAAAGCUGCCCAGACCCUAUUUUCAACGCCUGGCUCUGGGCGCCGAAAUCUUCGGCGCCCAGGCCUGGGCGCUGAAAGUACCUGGGUACGUCUCUUUUCCUAAUUCUUUGCGGAUUAGAACUCUGCAAUUCUAUCUUUCCACGAACUCUUCCCUAUGAAAAGGCCCCUAGUUUCGACGUGAAACAACACACAACAACACAUAAUAUAUUCUGAGUAUUGACUCUAAACCCCUUAGCCUAAGCCUCUCGCUGCGAAACUGUUCACGCGUUCUGUCGCAAUCGAUCCAUAAAUCGAACAGAACGUAUCCUGUCCCAUAAUUGAGAUUCGUUAAAUAAAAAGGAGAAAUAGCAAAGUCAAAGUGGUUAGUUUUCUGAGAACCGUGACGCACCUCUCAAGGGUGCGUCGUGAUGUGUCCUUUUUCGAUGAUUUAACUGCUUUCCUCGCCCUUUUUAUGAACUGUUAAACUAACCUAAUGUGAUUGUUCUAUCACGCCUAACAAAUAUAAUAUUUUUGGGAAAUCGGAUUAUCAUGCUAGGUCCCUUAAUGUUAUUUAAAUCAGAUAAUCACGAUCGAAUUAGUAUUAUAUGUUGCAUAUUGCUAAAAUCAACUCAGAUUAGUUUAAUAGUUAACGCAUGUACCUUAAAAAUUAUUUAUGCUGAGCUAGUAAGGAUAUCCUGCCUCUGGAGUUAUCGACGAGCGAAUUACUCCUCUCGGUAGUUACAGUCCCCCGAACCCUCAAUCUCUACCUUGCGGGUGUAUAUUGAGAGAUCCCCACACCAGGGAUCACAAGGGAACCUACGGCCGUCGUGGUCAAACAUAAUUGCACUCCCUUUAUGUCACGAUAACCGGGUUUUGUCAGUUUUUCUCAUUGUCGUUAAAAACUGAAUGGCGACUCCUAUAUUACUAGUCAAUUGGGUGUAUACUCACAGGAAAUCCAAUUACACUUGAUUGAAUAAAAAGAAUCGUCACACCCACGAGGGACAAGGUCACGCAUUAGCCUCGCGCUUUUUUCGACCCCCUCACAGUGGCGACUCCACUGGGGAUAGUGAAGGAAAUACUCGUGCUUGUAGGUAAUCAAAAUAGCCGAAGGGCGAAACGAUCCUACCCCGCGUUUAUUUCCCCAUCAAGUUUGGGACGACCUGAAAAUCAGCAUAUUAAUGUGAACGGGCAGAACAUCAUAACGAAUCUCGGCUCCCUCGAGAGUUGGGACUAAGGAUACCUUUUUUCGCCAAUAGGGGGGUGCAUACGCCGCGCAUGUUUCCCACUCGGUACUUGUGCAGGUAGUACACCUAUCCCGAACCCAAUCGCUCGCCCAUUAGGUCCCUCUCGCCUGCCUGCCCCCUUGGCUUGCACUUGCGAGUUGGCCUCUUGAGCGAAAUUCGUCUGUUGAAGACACUACCUCGACCGGGGCAUGUGUUGGAUCUACGAUAGAAGCGGUACCAAGCCAGGCGCAAAUACUACCCAUAGAAGCCUAUCAUAAACUACGUGGCAUAUUUAAUUUUCAAAUCCAUGUUUGUAAUGUAGUUAUGUGUAGCGAAAUAUGUGAUUGUGUGUGACAAACUAUCCUAGAAAACCAAUGACCUUAAAAAUUGCCCAAACAUUCAUAGACUAAUUUGCCAAAGAGUUAUACCGAAACACGUGUUCCGCAAACCCGAAUGAUCGCCACAAAAUAAGUGACGCUCGGGAUGGCCUGUAACGAAUCCCACAAACGCUGUUACGCGUAAAGGACGUUAUUAGGCAAGCACGCAAAUCGAAGUCGCAUAAACAGAAAACAGAAAACGAGAACCAGCCAGGGACGCAUUUUCAACGCCCCUGGCUGGGCGCCAAAAUUUCUCACGCCCACUGCUGGGCGCUGAAGUUGCUGCUUGGCUUUCUGGUCAAACGCAGCAGCCUCGGUGCCCAAGCAAAAAGAAAGUACGUAGCACAAAAAAUGCUCAUCAAAAGAAUUGCUACGAGGGCGUAAGAAAAGCACUCGAUUUCAAAAGGCGACUCGCGAAAAAUUAAUAACUCUUUGUGUCGUCGUUAGGCCUCCUACGACGGCAAUGCUCGGCACCAAAACCGAACAUGCUAACAACUAUGAAUGUCACACGGGCAAGUGUUUCGAAAAUCCAAAGAACGACCAAAAUAAAAAAAAAACCCCAAAAAAAGUGUACCGACAGAAGAAAGAGCGAAAAGAAAACACCAAUUUAGAGAGUCGAAGUCUAGACUAAGUAAUGCUUGAAACUUUGGGAACCUAAACUUUAGCUUAUCUUAUGCCUAGGACUGGUCCUGCCACUUGGUGCCGAUCAGGGAAUCAACGGCUAGUGCGUCUCAAAGAUACAUCACCAACACCAGGUCUAGUAACUCCAAGCUCCGUCCGUCGUCCCUCAUUUCAAGGAUCUCUGCUUCCCCAACCUCGAUUCGCACCUCCAAACAUGUCCAUCGAAGAUUUGCGAGACCAGAUGGUCCAAAUGACCCAACUCAUGGGCCAACUGAAAAUGGAAAACGAAGCCUUAGCGGCUGCGCAAGCCAAAAAUGACCUCGAAAACGAGAAGAGGAUCGAAAAAAUGGUCCUACAGCAAACCAUGGGGAGCAAAUACUUCUCCCUCGAGCCUGAACCUUUUUCUGGCAAAUUACCAGAAAAGUUCAGUUCAUCUGACUUACCAAAGUUCAAGGCCACGCACAACCCCCGUGAUCAUCUACUGAGCUUUGUGAAUACCAUGAACUUGAAAGGCGUGGACAAGUCCAUGUACCUACCUGCCUUUCCUUUGUCCUUGGAACCUGUGCCGCUCAAAUGGUACUAUCACCAGGACCCUAAGCUCUUCCCCACCUGGGAAGACUUUGUCAAUGUCUUCAUCAAGCAAUACUCGUCGAACAUGGAUUUCCAAGUCACCAUGCGCGAGCUGGAAGUUCUCUUCCAAAAUAAAAAUGAGGGUUUCACAACCUACUUUGCUAGAUGGAGGGACCAGGCGGCCCAGCUAAUCAAUAGGCCUCCCGAAACAGAAUUGGUCCAAAAAUUCAUUGACAACUUGGACCCGGCUUACAGACAACACCUUAGGUACCUGGGACUCGACACUUUCAAAAGGGUUUAUGAUGUGGGAAUAAAAAUCGAGGACGACCUCGCCAAAACCAUACAGAGCAAACCUGCAUAUAAGACCAACACCUAUAAUCGGGGUAACACACCCCAAGCCCAAGAAGUCCAUGCUGUAGAAGAGGCUCCCGCCCGAAGAUACCCUAUAAGAUGGGUCUGAGACCGAAAGUUUUCCCCACUCGGGUCAACUUUGGUACAAGCCUUUGAAAGACUAACCAAUCAAGGAAAGUUGAGACCUAUAGGCCCCACCCGUGACCCUCCUGUCAAAAACAAAUAUUGGGUCGAAGGUACUUACUGCAAAUUCCAUCAAGGAAAUGGGCAUGACACUGAAAACUGCUGGAAUCUAAAACAUACCAUCCAGGACAUGAUAGAGGAUGAAGUAAUACCUCUCCCUAACGUUGGCAAACCCAACAACAACAAGAGCCCACUCGGCUCUUGUCACAUCUCUCUCGACCAACCAGAGAAUUUCGACCCCACGGUGUAUAUUACACCUCAAGGUGCACCACUCGCUGUGGUACCUAUGGAUCGAAUCGAGGGGGAAGUGUGCGGUGUGUGGAACGAUGAUGCUGAAGAUAUUUACCUAUCUCAAGUCUCGGGCCAGGACCUCUUCACUGAAACUUGGCCCGGGUAUGCUCUCAUUGACACCACCCCUCAGGAGCCCGAGGUCGACAACCUCACCCGAUCCGGAAGGAUAUACCAACCGGAUAUUCACCCACCUCCUAUGGACGACAUCCCGGUUAGGCAAACUCCUGAGAACGGGCGGCACGCCACCGUCGCGGAAGUCAUUGAAAAUCCUCUCCUGAAACAACUGAAAAGAACCAAGGCUGAGAUUACCAUCUGGGAUCUUAUGUGUACUUCAAAGGAACAUCGCGAAAAGCUUAUUCGCUCACUUGACCUCAUCUCAGUACCCACAGAUAUCACACCUGACUCAUUGGUUAGCCAUGUCACGAGAGAUGCCGGAGAAAAGGCCAUAGUUUUCACUGAUAAAGACUUACCCAAAGAGGGGGUGCUCACAAUAAAGCCCUUUACUUAGUGGUUGGAUGCAAAGGACAAAACAUCCCCCUAGCGCUCGUAGAUAAUGGUUCGGCGGUUGAUGUCUGCCCAUUGCGAACCGCCCAUUGCUUGGGGCUAGGAAGCGAUGACUUCCAAACCUCCUCACAAGGGGUACGAGCUUAUGAUAACUCCCGAAGGCCUGUGUUGGGAAAAAUCAACCUUACCAUACAAACUGGGCCUGUGGCACGCACCACGGAGUUUCAAAUAAUCGACAUCAAGCCCACUUUCAACCUCCUCUUGGGGCGACCUUGGCUCCAUGACUUAGGAGGUGUGGCUUCAACCUUGCACCAAAUGGUUAAACUUAACCAUAACGGGGUAAUACAAGAAAUCCGCGCCCCUCCUUUCGACGUCAGUUGUACUAUGGUUGGAACGGCCGAAACUGCAGAUGACCUUUAUGGGUUUCAAAUGGAAGAAGCAAUCCAGUUCAUCGAAGAUUAUGAUCUAGCAUUCCUAGACCCGCAUGCAUCCCGAGUCAUCCCUAGAAUGCUGUUGGCUCAAGGUUAUUUCCCAGGAACCCCAUUGGGCAUAAGGAAGAAGGAAUGCACAUUCCAUCCUUUUCCCGACAAAUCUACUCCCUUUGGCUUAGGUUAUGAACCAACGGAGGAAGAUAUUGCUGACCGCCUAUCUAGGCUACGCCUUAACAAAGCCGAACAAACCACCCUCCUUCCCCCAUAUCAAAGGACCCUUAACGGGAUGUUUGUUCGGGAAGGAGAAGAACACCCAUGCUGUGAUUUCCCUGAACCCUUCGUUCAGGAUGGCUUGCUAAAACCCGGAUUUGAAAUUUUCCAUGACUGCCACACCUUGGAUGAGGCACCCCACCUCACCAAGACUAAAACAGCUGAAAUAUUGGACAACCAGGCUCUAUGGACAUUGUUUAACGAAUCGAGGCCUAUGGAGAACGAGACUGUGAUGACUACCCUAGAUUUACAAGAUGAAGGUUUCUAUCCAAACCGGUUAAUCUCUCCUGCAUCAACACUAGAAGAGGUCGGGAACGGAUGGGUGAAGACAUAUCAGUGGGUCAACGCAAAAGGAAUAGGAUUCAAGAUGAGUACCGGUGAAGGACCGAAGUUUCAUGAGACUAAACCCCAGGCUUGAGCCAUAUAGAUCACCAUUAGUAGUUCUUUAGAUUGAUAGAAAAAAUAAUAGACUUUAGAUGGUCCUAAGGCCCUUUAGAAUAUGGGUCAGUUUUAUUUCAGUGUGUUUUCCUUACUUUCCAAAUCAAUAAAGGCGUAAUAUUUCUCCUAAAAAUUUUAUUCUAACACUAAAUAAACACCAAAUGUACUUGCAAAAUAAAAAAAAAUAAAGAAGCGGCCCACUAUAGGCCCAAAAAACAAAGCCCACUCGAUUUUGAAAUAAUGCCAUGUGAACCAGUUCCCGAAACCCACAAAAUAAACCACACUAUCCCAUCCUCAAAACCUAAAAAGCCAACCAAUGUCAUCAUGAGAGCCAAUCCAUGCAACCCAAAAUCAAAAAGAAAUCAAAAAUUUAAAACAAAUGCAAAUGUUACCAAAAAAAUAAAUUCAUAAAACAUAGAAUCCACCAACAGCUGUUUCACAUAGAUUCCAUCAUACCCUCCACAAAGAUCUUCAUAAGUUCCGCACCCUAACUCCAUUUUCAAAACUGUUUUGAGUCACCAAUAGAAAAAAUUAGUCUGGACAAAAAUGCGUUUCACGCUAACAGUCAAAAAAGCCUCCAAAAUAGCCUCAAAAUUAACUUUAACUACGAAGCAAAAUAUCAAGGCACAAAAAACGAAAUAGAAAUAAACGCAAGAACAUGUGAAGCAAAAACUUCAAAAUUGACCGCCCAAGUUAUUUUCAGCGCCCAGGGCUGGGCGCCGAAAUUUCUGACGCCCCAGCCUGGGCGUUGAAACUCUCUGCCUGCCAAAAGUUUUCCUUUUUUCGAAAAGUGCUCGUCAUUUUAUCCGCACACAACGGAAAAAUAACGAACACUUGGGGGGUGCAGUACGUAUCCAAAUAGGUUUACCAACAAAUUGGUCGAAUUUUACGCAACCUAUGGAAAACGGCAGAUGAAAAUAAUGGCAAGUACUUCACUCAUUUGACCGAUUAAGUAAUAUGUUUCCACUUCAGGACAUAUCUACCGAAAUCCGGCAUACUAGAACUUAUUCUAAAGCUAAGAACUACGCGCGACCUGAUUCUGACAAGAUACGUAGGCAAUCCUUACCAAGGAUUCGGUCCAAAUAAUAAUAAAAAAAUUGUAUUCUUUGUGUAAAAAAGUGUUAGACAUAUAAACAAAAUUGAAUGGAAACUAAAAAUACGCCUUUAUUAAAAUAUAAUAAGAAGGAAAACAAAGUGCUAGGAAUAAAAACAAACACAACUGAAAUAAAUAGAGGGCACCUACACCCUAGCAAAGAACUACACUACUCUAGUUCUUUCGGAUCAUCAAAUAAAGUCUUGAAGAGAGCAAUGUUCGCAGGAUCCACCCCCAUAGUCUUCUGCGCUGCCCCAAUAUCAAUCUCCAUAAGAACUGGCUCCUGGACACUAACUUCCAAAGAUGCCAAAGCUUUAGAAACAUUCUCAGUUAUAGCCCGCUCAGCCUCAAGGGCACAAACAGUGGUGGGAGAAGGAUUACUAUCAUCAACUGGACUAGCCACUGUUUCUACAGGCGGCUGAGCCUUCCUAACCCAUACAGUGUUCCGGCGACGAUCUCCGCGAGAGCUUGCAUUUCUUUUAACAACAGCAGGCCCCUUCAUGUUAGGCAUCUUUUUAGGCCUGACACUGGAACGGGGAAGAACUUCCUUUCGGUUUCGAUCAGGACGAGCUUUCACAGUCUUAAAACUAUAGGUACGAGGUCUGGCAGAAUCAGGACCCUCAUACUUAACAUGAAUACGAGGUAUCAAAAGCUCAGCCGGCUCCCCAUUACGAGCCUCGGUCCUCACAUCCUUGUCAUCGGAACUCAUCCACAACUUAUAGUUUUCAGAAAGACCCACAAACCCAUUUGUAGCUACAGCCCAACGUGGGAGACCAUCAUAAUACCUAGCCCACGCUAAGACCCGUGUUUGUGCAAAGGUCGCUACCUUAGGUGGUACCGUAUCAGAAAAGGGGAUAGUCUGCCUUAAACCAUAUUAACGCAUGACUCGGUAAGGGAAAAUAUAAAUGGGACAAGAUAGCCCCAACAAAGAAAUAUAAACCGAUACAUCAGACCCCCCCUGUCAUAAUAGUCAAACCCCACCAUGGUACCACCCACUUAAUAGAACAAAUGCCAUAAGUAAAAAAGGAGGUCCAUUCGGCCUCGUCCUGGCCUUGGUGCAAGUAUUUUCGGUUACCCAAAGCUAUAGGGCGAUAAUGUUUAGGAUCGGCAUGAGCUUCCAAAAGUCUAAGCCGUUCCGCAAGCCAAAUCUGCAAAAACAGGUACGAUCGAAUCAAAAGAAUGAAAAGAAAGAAAAAAGGUUCCUGGGGCGCAGUUUCAACGCCCAGGACCAGGCGCCGAAUAUUCCAGCGCCCAGCCCUGGGCGCUGAAACUCAGCCCCAGGCAAAAAGAAAUAUAUAAAAGUAGCGUAUGUGUGCGCAAAGAAAAAAAUAGAUUACCUGCAGUAAUAGGGGGCUUCCCUUAAAUAUUUCGGAUUUGGCAUCCUUCUUCAGCUCAUCCGCACUCAGCAAAGUCUCAGCAACAACCAACGGCAUAAUAGAAUAGCAACUUUCCAUCUGGCUAAUCAAGGGGAUCAGCCUUAUGUCACCGAACUCACCAUUAUUAUUCGACAGCAAAUAAUGAUUCAACAAGCAAAAUACAAGGGCUCGAAUGUUCAAUUUUUGUUCGGUCAUAUUCUUACUAGGCCUAAAAUGAUGUUUUACGAGUUUUGCCAAGUUAACCUUAUCGUCUACAACAAGUUCAGCAAACAUGUUAUCAUCUAGCCCUAGGAAAGCCCUUAUGGUUGUUUUACCCUCUUCAAUAGUGCCAGGGGUAACAGGAGUAGCAUUAGUAGGAUAACCAAGGAUCGCAGCAUAUUCAUCAGGCAAAGGACAUAUUUCAUUGCCCCGAAAGGAAAAAACAUGAUGAUCGGAGUCCCAAAAGUUUAGGGCAGCAUGCAGAAAAUUAUAAUCAAUAUUAAUUUGUUGUAAGCCUAAAAGUGCCUCUAAGUGGUAUUCUUUUAACAAAGCUUUUUCUGUGGGAGUAAGGGCUCGUAGCCAACGCCUAACAGUCCGUUGGAGUGAGAAAGUAGGGAUCGACAUGGCAAAAGCAGUAAAUAAUUAGAGCACAGCAAAAAAGAGAGAAAGAAUUUGAGAGUGGUGGAAAAUAAGGACGUACCUAGCCCCUAUAUAUAGCUGAACGCACCCAAUAAACAUCCUGAUCCCAUUCGGAAACGUGUUUAGAGAUCCGAAAAUCAAAUAUUACCAGGAAAGAACUUUCAGCGUCCACCUCUGGGCGCCGAAAUUUUUAACGCCUGAGCUUGGGCGCUGAAAAUGCAGCCCAAGGCCCAGAUUUCACAAAAACACGGAAUAGGAAAGGACUUAAGACCGUGUUGCUAAAACACGAGGCCCUAUUACAAGUAAGAUCAAGCCCAAAGCACCUUUAGCUCCCAAAUAAGCAAAAAAUAAUAAUAACAUUGAAACUUGGUCGAAACUUAGACUCAUCUCAGAAAACGCUCAUGUACACUUUUCAAAAAAAAGCAAGUUAAAUAUCAUGGUCAUUCUUCGAAACACCAAAAAUAUGUGUCGUCAAGUCAUUGGUUUUCCAAAAAGAAAAUGUCUGUCUGUCAAAGGGAUAAUCCGGGCCAAGCCAAAACCGGAUGUCGCCUGAAAGCUAAAGUCGCACUCCACGGCUUCACUAAAAUAGCACACUACUAUAGGAGGUCGCUCGCACAUACGAGCGUGAGCCCAAACAUGAUUACAAGACGCGAAAAACAACCGACGAGCCCCAACACUUGGGGGCUCGCGAAAAGUGGACUCCAACAAAGAGCGCGCAAUCAAAAUCACAUUCCCAGACUGCGCCACGCACCAUAUCAUGUUUGGAUAUCUCAAAAAAUAUAUUGUUAAAUAUACACAGUGUGGACCCACUUAUAGGACACAUCUAAUCAGGAAAUAUUACGACCCACCAACAGGUUGUAAUCACCAAAAGCACUUCUACAUAGGCAAAAUAAGAAAUUCAAAAUGGGCUCGCCCACCCUCAGCGGGCGGGGUCUGCGUCACUAGCCGCGCAGGUCCUCAGUUUUCGAAGAAUAAAGUCUUCAAAUUUAAAAUAGGCUCGCCAUCUUCAGCCGACGGGGUCUACGGCGCAAACCACGUAGGUCCUUAUUUUCAAAAAAAAAAAAAACAAAAAUUUCAAAACAGAUUCGUCCACUUCUAUCGGACGGGGCGUCCACCCUCAGCGGACAGGUUCGCCAUCUUCAGCCGGCGGGGUCUACAUCACAAACCGCGUAGGUCCUUAUUUUCAAAAACAUCAAACAGAUUCGUCCACUUCUAUCGGACCCCCGUCCACCCUCAGCGGACAGGCUCGCCCACCUUCAGCGGGCGGGGUCUGCGUCACUAACAGCGCAGGUCCUUAGUCGCUGCAGCGAUAACUUUUAUCGGUUUUCCCUUUUUCCGAAAAUCAAAGGAUCGGUUUUCCCUUUUUCCGAAAAUUAAAGGAUCGGUUUUCCCUUUUUCCGAAAAUCAAAGGAUCGGUUUUCCCUUUUUCCGAAAAUCAAAGGAUCGGUUUUCCCUUUUUCCGAAAAUUAAAGGAUUGGUUUUCCCUUUUUCCAAAAAUUAAAAGGAUUGGUUUUCCGUUUUUUUCCAAAAAAGAGCGAUGUGCUGGAUUUUCCUUCGUUUUACGUCCUGUAAAAACAAGGGGGUUUUCUCGUUUGGCUAGCCCUGAAAAUGAGAAUCCUUAAAAACAUUUUUACCUCGUGGUUGGGCUUGGCCAGGCCCAAUUACACUUUACAGCUUUAAUUUCGAAAACAUCUGUAGUUACUCCCAAUGACAAAGUGAGGGAGUUUCUACGCAUCUUUAGAUCCUUCCAAUGACAAAGUGAGGAAGUUUCUAUACUAUCAGUUGACAAAUCCCAAUGACACGUGAGGGAUAUGUCGACACUUCAAGUGAUGACCCUUAAAGUCAAAUGUUAUCACUCGGGGGCUCGUGAGACCCUCGCAAAACAGGUCACAUAUACCAUGGCUUGUGUGACGCACUCCGUCUAAUACUUUGACCAUCGUCUUACUCCAAGACUCAGUCAAAGUGGGGGCUAACUGUAGACACCUACUCUUGUCCCCAUUCCCGCAAGGGAAAGGUUCGAUGAUGAAAGCAUAAAAACUCCACUUGACAACGCAUCUCCUAUAAAAUAAACGAAUCUCGAUUCCCCAUUUUAUUUCACCCGAAACCUUCUAUUUAUGGAAACCUGCUAAAAAUAGUAACUGCCGUAAAAAGUAGCGUCUAAAAGUGGCAAAUCAUAAAAGAUAGAAACCUGUCAGAAUUAGGUGUUGCAUUCCAACAUAAAUCCUAAAUGAGAUAGAAAACCGCGAGAAUCCUAUUCCUAAUAGGAUUCGGAAAUAAGAGUUACGUAUUAAUUAAAAUCCUAAUGAGCCUAGAGUUCGUAACGGGCCCAGACGCAUUCCGUCACAAAAUUGAUACGUGCUAAAAGACUCGAAUUAAUCUCAAACUCUACGGAUUUUAGGAAUCCGAAUCUGACUAAACAAAGCUGCCCAGACCCUAUUUUCAACGCCUGGCUCUGGGGGCCGAAAUCUUCGGCGCCCAGGCCUGGGCGCUGAAAGUACCUGGGUACGUCUCUUUUCCUAAUUCUUUGCGGAUUAGAACUCUGCAAUUCUAUCUUUCCACGAACUCUUCCCUAUAAAUAGGCCCCUAGUUUCGACGUGAAACAACACACAACAACACAUAAUAUAUUCUGAGUAUUGACUCUAAACCCCUUAGCCUAAGCUUCUCGCUGCGAACUGUUCACGCGUUCUGUCGCAAUCGAUCCAUAAAUCGAACAGAACGUAUCCUGUCCCAUAAUUGAGAUUCGUUAAAUAAAAAGGAGAAAUAGCAAAGUCAAAGUGGUUAGUUUUCUGAGAACCGUGACGCACCUCUCAAGGGUGCGUCGUGAUGUGUCCCUUUUCGAUGAUUUAACUGCUUUCCUCGCCCUUUUUAUGAACUGUUAAACUAACCUAAUAUGAUUGUUCUAUCACGCCUAACAAAUAUAAUAUUUUUGGGAAAUCGGAUUAUCAUGCUAGGUCCCUUAAUGUUAUUUAAAUCAGAUAAUCACGAUCGAAUUAGUAUUAUAUGUUGCAUAUUGCUAAAAUCAACUCAGAUUAGUUUAAUAGUUAACGCAUGUCCCUUCAAUUAUUUAUGCUGAGCUAGUAAGGAUAUCCUGCCUCUGGAGUUAUCGACGAGCGAAUUACUCCUCUCGGUAGUUACAGUCCCCCGAACCCUCAAUCUCUACCUUGCGGGUGUAUAUUGAGAGAUCCCCACACCAGGGAUCACAAGGGAACCUACGGCCGUCGUGGUCAAACAUAAUUGCACUCCCUACGGGGUUUUGCCAGUUUUUCUCAUUGUCGUUAAAAACUGAAUGGCGACUCCUAUAUUACUAGUCAAUUGGGUGUAUACUCACAGGAAAUCCAAUUACACUUGAUUGAAUAAAAAGAAUCGUCACACCCACGAGGGACAAGGUCACGCAUUAGCUUCGCGCUUUUUUCGACCCCCUCACACAAGGGCUCUUUGCUGCAGCAUUCAAGGACACUUAUGUUUUUGGAGAUGCUAAUUUGGAGUUGCCGUCGUUUCUUUCCAAUCAGUCAAUUAUUGAAGUUCACUUAGAUGCAGCCUUGAAUUAUUCAGCAGGUCAGGAGACUGUGCUAGAGUUCAACAUAGAGAUACCGUUGCAUGCUCGA